UAAUUUAGUGCCUGCCAUAUGAUUUCAUUUGGUUCGUAAUUUGUUUCCUUUUGUUAUUUCUUAUCUCGAAACAGACAGAAGAAGAUGUCAAAUUUUGUUGUGAGAGUGGGAGCAGCAGCCAACCUGAGGAGCCUCUCUGUCUCAGCUUCAUCAAAUGGGGCUGCUCCAGGAAAUGAUAAAAGCAAAACUCAAAAUGGAGGGCCAGUGAUUGUGGAGCUUCCACUGGAUAAGAUAAGGAGACCCCUUAUGAGAACUAGAGCUAAUGAUCCUACCAAAGUUCAAGACCUCAUGGAUAGUAUUGAACAAAUUGGCCUCCAAGUCCCUAUCCCUCUGGUUUUGGAGAGAAUGCAGCAGUGCACAGAAAGGGAAAUAUGACUGUAUUUUUAUUUUGAUGCCCCCAUUUAAGUUGACACUUGGUUUCUGUUGCCUGUUGCAGAUUGAUGUGCUUGAGGUUGAUGGAGUAUACUACGGAUUCUCAGGUUGUCACCGGUACGAAGCACACCAGCGACUUGGUCUCCCAACUAUCCGCUGCAAAGUACGACGUGGAACAAAAGAAACAUUGAGGCAUCAUCUCCGAUAAGUCUAGCAGAUUGAUCCAAGUGAACUUGCAACUCUGCUCUGGCUAUUGCAGCUAAAACUUUCAAAUUUUCUAUUAGUAAAUGUAUACGCAUCCUUAUACAGUUCUUCAAUAUAUAUCCUGAAGCAAUUGCUUCUUCAUGAGCUA